AUGAGUCGAGAUAUUGAAGAAGAAAUUCGCAUUUUCAAGGAAUCGCAUAAUAAGCUUCUUGCAGUGCUCCGUGAACGCCAGAAGCGCCGAAGGUUACAACUCGAAGCUGAUAAAGAUCUGAGAAAACAGGUGGUGAUUGAAAAAAAAAAUGGAUCACCGGAACGCAACAAGUUCAAGAAAAACUCGGUCAGAACAUUUAAGCCAUACGGCCUCCCUUCAAGCAUUUCGCGAAAACCAGAACAAGAAAAUCAUGGAAAACAUUCUACCGAUUACGCGUACAAAGGUGAUUCAACACAGGAUGGGGAAAAGUCCAUUCGAAAUGAUUACUGUCAAUACUUUGUAGAUUCGGGUCGCCGCCCUCAAAAUUUCAUUCGAGACACUGAACUUUCGCAACGUUUCGACGAAUAUCCGAAGUUGAAGGAUCUCACCAAAUUGAAGAAUGCUUUGGUAUCAAGUCGGGCGACGCCUCCAACUUACUUGAAAGCUGACCUUCGAACAUUCGAGUUGAAAUCGACCGGAACCAAAUUCGAUGUCAUUUUAAUUGACCCUCCCUUGAUUGACUUUGACAAUCCAACUAAAAUCUAUUCUCUAGAUACUGUGGAAAAACCGGUUAAACUUAACUCACUAGCUCACGCUAAUCUCAAAAUCGAAGAUGUUGCGGCAACUCCAUCUUUCAUCUUUAUCUGGUCAGGCGAUGCAGAUGGCCUUGAUCGUGGCCGUCAAUUACUUCUUAAAUGGGGCUAUCGCCGAUGCGAAGAUAUUGUAUGGAUAAAGACCAACAAGACUUGGGAGGGAAGUCGAUUUUUUGAGGAACGAUCUGUUUUUCAACGAACAAAAGAGCACUGUAUAAUGGGUAUCAAGGGUACCGUUAGACGUAGCACCGAUGGGCAUUUUAUCCAUUGUAACGUGGAUACUGAUGUUAUCAUAUCAGAAGAACCCCUAUUUGGCAGCACUCGUAAACCCGAAGAAUUAUAUCACAUAAUAGAACAUUUUUGCCUUGGACGUAGAAGGCUAGAAUUAUUUGGCGAGGAUCAUAAUAUACGUCCGGGAUGGUUCACUAUUGGAAAUGGGUUAUCGAGUUCUAAUUUUGAUGCCGAAACAUAUGCGUCUUACUUUUCCGAACAAAAUGGGCAUCUCCUUGGUACAACACAAGAUAUUGAAAAUUUAAGACCAAAAUCACCAAUCCGAGAUACCUCUACUGCCAUGAAACAAAAACCAAAGAAAUCCAUUAACAAUACCGCAAUGACCGUUACGCCUAUGCCACAAAUACCAACAUUUAAUGCUCGAUGGAUUCCCCCCAUGGAUGGUAACAUUUACGGGAAAGGACAAUGA